UACAAUUGAUUUGACGUUUUUAGGUUCCAAAGGCUCAGGUUUUUGAGAGGUUUGAGCUUGGGAAUGGAUAUUUGGAGAAUAAUUUAUGAGAGAUUAAGAAAACAACAAUCACCCUUCUAGCACGGUUCUGUGGUGAAUAAUAGGGUGAAAGGAGGCAGGUGCCAUGUGUUAUUUUAUUCUUCUAGCCUUUGUUUUCAGGAAAUAAACCACCAGGAGUUCAGGUCUAAUCUCAGGCCUUAAGGAACAUUUUGAUAUGUCGGUGAUCAAUGUAUUUUACUCCGUACUUGUUACCUUUUUGUAAUGUUCUUCGUAGGAUAUCUGUGUUUUUCUGUAAUGUUCUUCGUGAUAGCAGUUGUUCUCAUAGAGUGAUAAAUACUGAUAAAGAUGCGAGUGUCCAGUUUCUUGCUUUAUUCAGCAUAUCAGCUUCCUCUCCAACUUUUUUUCUUGUUUAUACAAAAAGGGAUAGCAGAAGUGAAAUUGUAUAUGCAUGCUCAUUUGGCUGGUUUCUUGAAUCAACACAUUGCUGUAUGUUGAUGCAGGUCCAAGACGAGCUUGUUUCUUCCAUUAAAGAUGCAGAGGAAGGACUUUUUCACCUAAAACGUGCCCGGCUGUUACGUGAAGUUGAUUCAGCUGUGCAGGACUCUAUAUAUUCCCAUAAAGACGCUGCGGUCGAGCUUAUAAAUCCAGCAAAGUUGGGUGGUUCCCAACUUCCGUGCGAAGACUUAGAGGUAGAACCAUUAGAUUCUACUAAUGUUGAGGCAGAAAUAUUGGGAGACCCAAGUUAUUUUAUUGGAUCAAAAUGUAGAUUCCGCCACACCGAUGGGCGUUGGUAUAAUGGUCAAAUCGUUCAGUUGGAUGGUUCUUCUUCCGCCAGAGUUUCUUUCCUCAAUCCAACGUCAGAGAAGAUGAUGCAAAAUGUAGACCCCUGAGUUCAAGCUAGUGGGGAUAGGGCAGAAGCAAUGUCAUUAUCAUUCGAGUGACAGAUCGAAGGAGACUGAUCAUAAGACUCUACGAAGGCUUGCUCAGAACCGUGAGGCAGCA